AUGGAGACUGCUGGCUGUCAGGACAGCGAUUGGCUGCUGAGGGUGCUGGAUGUGGGCUCCCAGCGCUUCCGAGAGAGAGAGAGCGCGCUCCAGCCAGCGCAGCCAGCAGACUGCACUGCGGAGCCCGGCGCCAGCAUGGACGGGGUGGACGUGUGGGCCAGCACCCUGGCCCAGCUGAUGGCCAAGAGGAAACCCCAGGACACUUGGGAGCUGCUGCCUGAGGAGAACCUGGCAUCCGGGCACAUGGAGAGCGGCGGUUUUCAGUACCGGCUAAGGGGGCUUUCAAGGCUCCAGUGCGGCCGCUGCCAGUGGGGUUGGUCCUCAGCUCACGUGCACAUCCUCUUCCACGUGUGGUUCGACGAGGCCAGCCGGCUGGGGCUGGUGAAGAUGCGCCUCUGGGGCCAGCGCUGCCGGCUGUGUCCGCCGGGCGACCAGGGGCCCUGCCAGGCCAGCCUCCUGAAUGUGCGGCUCUUCCUUAGCAAGCUGGUCCUGUUCAUCCUGCAGAAGUGCUACGGGGAGAGCCUCAGCGCGGAGCAGUGCCCCGAGGUCUGUUUCGGCGAGCGCUGCGAGGCCUGCGACUUGGGGGUCUGCUUCUUCCAGAAGCCCCCGGACCCGGCCUGGGGGCCCGAGGUCAAGAGCCCCAGCACCAUCAAGGGCAGGUACACCUUGUACGGGGGUGACGGCAUGGCCACCGCGGCCUCUGGCAGGCAGCUGCUCACCCUUGGCAGCGGGCCUGUGGUCGACCGCUCCCGGGGCUACACCCCCAACUCUAUCAGCAUCCCUCUCUCCGUGUCCGACUUCAUCAGGAACCCCAUUUCUGAAAGCAGCGACUUCUUCAAUCAAGACGACGACAUAGUCACCGUCCCUUUCUCCCUCGUGAAACUGGGAAGGGACAGGGGGCCCGGUGCUGAUGCCGAGGGUGGUGUCAGUCCCGGGGGGGGGGCCCGCCAAGCGGCGGACCCCCGUGAGCCCCUCUUCAUUGGCGAGGGCUCCAUCUACCUGCCCACCAAUCCCGGCGCCACGCCCAAGGGCAGAGCCCUCCUGGUGAGGAUCAGGCGUCCUGUCUUCCACGGCCGUGGCCUCCUCAUCAACAGCAUCAGGCCCUUCCAGCUCAAAGGCUUCAUCUUCAAGGGCCGGGGCUCCAUCUCCAGCCUCACCGAUCCUGACCAAGGUCAGGGCGCUGUCCCUGGCAGCAAUGGCUUCCGCACCACGAGGCGCAACUCGAUGCCAGUGUCCUAUCUCAUCGGGCUCACGGAUGACGGAGAGGGCUCUGUCACCUUCCCCUCGUCUCUGGCCAACAUCGUCAUAGAGGACGACUCUUUCCCCUUCGUUGAUGGCUCCGUCACCUUCCCCUUCAUCUUUACUGACGGAGGCAAGGGCAAGGAUGCUUCUGCCAGCGCCACCCAAGGCAAAGAGAAGGAGGAUGGGGGCCGUGGCCGGGAGCCCCACACCCGCAGGCCGGUCACCAUCAGCGAGGGCUCCGUCACCAUCCCCUUCUCCGUCUUCAACAUCAUAAAGCACAUGGGCCCCCACUCUAUUGCCGGCGGCUCCCCGAGGAGUGGCCUGGCCCCCCAAGGCCCUCAGCAGAAGGGUAGGCGGCCGUGGGCCAGGCUGGGCAGGCCUUGCUCCGAGCCCGGCUGGGAGGAGGACCCGUGCUGGGAGGACAGCUGCUGCAGGCCCCGCUUCGACCCCUACGAAGAGGUGUGGGUCUGGGUGUCCAUGACCGUCUGCAUCCUGUGGAUUAUGUACCUGUACAAGUUCAGCCCCUGAUGGCCAGGGUGAGGCUGACGCCCCCCGGCUCCCCCCGGGGCCCCUCCAGCAGGGCCGCCCAGGGUCCCCUGCCCCCGCCCGCACCCCUAGGUCCCCUGCUCUCCCCGAGCUGGGGCCUCUGAGGGCUGUCCGUGGCCUCCCCUCUUCCUCCCGCUUCUGUGUGUGUUCCGUCCUUGAUGUGAAUUGUGGCUUCGUGGAUGUCUGCACAGUGAUUGUCCACUGAGCUGCCCAUGUGUGCUCCGGGCGCUUGUCUGUGAGUGUUACAAUCCAACAAAAUAAAAGUUAAAAGGAAAAGCCGCA